CGCGUGUGUCUGGCCGAGCGCCCCCUUCCUCUGCGGCCAUGACUCCGCCGCCGCCCCCGCCCCCAGGCCCUGACCCCGGGGCCGACCCCGCUGCAGACCCCUGCCCCUGUCCCGGAUCACUGGUCGUCCUGUUCGGGGCUACGGCGGGUGCGCUGGGAAGGGACCUGGGCUCGGACGAGACCGACUUAAUCCUCCUAGUCUGGCAAGUGGUUGAGCCGCGGAGCCGCCAGGUGGGGACGCUGCACAAAUCUCUGGUUCGCGCCGAGGUGGCCGCACUGAGUACGCAAUGCCGCGAGGCUAGCGGCCUGAGCGCCGACAGCCUGGCGCGGGCAGAGCCGCUGGACAAGGUGCUGCAGCAGUUCUCACAGCUGGUGAAUGGGGAUGUGGCUCUCCUGGGCGGGGGCCCCUACAUGCUCUGCACUGAUGGGCAGCAGCUAUUACGACAGGUCCUGCACCCUGAGGCCUCCAGGAAGAACCUGGUGCUCCCCGACACAUUCUUCUCCUUCUAUGACCUCCGAAGAGAGUUCCAUAUGCAGCAUCCAAGUACCUGCCCUGCCAGGGACCUCACUGUGGCCACCAUGGCACAGGAUUUAGGACUGGAGACAGAUGCCACAGAGGAUGACUUUGGGGUCUGGGAAGUGAAGACAAUGGUAGCUGUUAUCCUCCAUCUACUCAAAGAGUCCAGCAGUCAAUUGUUUUCGAAGCCUGAGGUGAUAAAGCAGAAAUAUGAGACAGGGCCUUGCUCUGACAGCACUGUGCCCUGCCCCUACAGCAGCAAGGCAGAUGUGGUGGACAGUGAGACUGUGGUACGGGCUCGUGGGUUGCCCUGGCAGUCAUCAGACCAGGACGUGGCUCGCUUCUUCAAAGGGCUCAACGUGGCCAGGGGUGGUGUAGCACUCUGCCUCAACGCCCAGGGCCGCAGAAAUGGUGAGGCCCUCAUCCGCUUUGUGGACAGCGAGCAGCGGGACCUAGCGCUGCAGAGACACAAGCAUCACAUGGGCGUCCGCUAUAUUGAGGUAUAUAAGGCGACAGGGGAGGAGUUUGUAAAGAUCGCAGGGGGCACAUCACUAGAGGUGGCUCGUUUCUUGUCACGAGAAGACCAAGUGAUCCUGCGGCUGCGGGGACUGCCCUUCUCAGCUGGGCCAAUGGACGUGCUAGGCUUCCUGGGGCCUGAGUGCCCAGUGACUGGGGGUGCCGAGGGGCUGCUCUUUGUGCGCCACCCUGACGGCCGGCCGACUGGUGAUGCCUUCGCCCUCUUUGCUUGUGAGGAGCUGGCACAGGCUGCACUGCGCAGGCACAAGGGCAUGCUGGGUAAGCGAUACAUCGAACUCUUCCGGAGCACUGCAGCCGAGGUGCAGCAGGUCUUGAACCGCUAUGCAUCUGGCCCACUCCUUCCCACACUGACUGCCCCACUGCUGCCCAUCCCCUUCCCACUGGCACCUGGGACUGGGAGGGACUGUGUACGCCUCCGAGGCCUGCCCUACACAGCCACCAUUGAAGACAUCCUGAGCUUUCUGGGGGAGGCAGCAGCUGACAUCCGGCCCCAUGGUGUGCACAUGGUGCUCAAUCAGCAGGGCCGGCCAUCGGGCGAUGCCUUCAUCCAGAUGACAUCAGCAGAGCGAGCCCUAGCUGCUGCUCAGCGUUGCCAUAAGAAGGUGAUGAAGGAACGCUACGUGGAGGUGGUCCCCUGUUCCACAGAGGAGAUGAGCCGUGUGCUGAUGGGGGGCACCUUGGGCCGCAGUGGCAUGUCCCCUCCGCCCUGCAAGCUGCCCUGCCUCUCACCACCUACCUACGCCACCUUCCAAGCCACCCCAACCCUCAUUCCCACGGAGACGGCAGCUCUAUACCCCUCUUCAGCACUGCUCCCAGCUGCCAGGGUACCUGCUGCCCCUACCCCUGUUGCCUACUAUCCAGGGCCAGCCACUCAACUCUACCUGAACUACACAGCCUACUACCCAAGCCCCCCAGUCUCCCCCACCACUGUGGGCUACCUCACCACACCCACUGCUGCCCUGGCCUCUGCUCCCACCUCAGUGUUGUCCCAGCCAGGAGCUUUGGUCCGCAUGCAGGGUGUCCCAUACACAGCUGGUAUGAAGGAUCUGCUUAGCGUCUUUCAGGCCUACCAGCUACCCGCUGAUGACUACACCAGUCUGAUGCCUGUUGGCGACCCACCUCGCACUGUGUUACAAGCCCCCAAGGAAUGGGUGUGUUUGUAGGAGAGAAAGCCAGGAGGUAAGAGCCAGCUGAUAUCCUCAGUGAACAUGUCUCUCCUGCAUCCAGAAGACCAGCACCCUCAACCUGGUAGCUUCUUUCUGGCUUGUCAAAGCUCUCAGAAGGUACCUAGAGGAGCCCAAGCCCCAGCUCCACCCUCCACUUAUUCUUCUGCCUGUUUCCCCCAAAGACAAUGGCUGAACCCUGCAUGCAGGGCUGGGGGAGGAAUGAGGCUAACCGGCUCCUGAUGGCCUGAGCCAGGCAUCUUGACUGGCACCUGGAGAGCCCUUUAGUAUGUCCUGGCUGUGGCUCAUGCCGACAGAUACAGCGGGGCUGAUAGGUCCAUGGCAGGCUUGCUUUCUUUUUUAAAAUGGAAGCUCUGGUACCUUCAGUGUAUGACUCCUGGGAGAAUCAAGGGUCCAUCUGAGCCUCUGAGUAAAGAUCCCAAUGUUCUACCUCCCCCUGUCCCUCUGGUGGGGGAUAAGGAGGCAGAGAGAGCCAGCCCUACCCUCAGAAUAUCUGGACCUCAGAGACCAUGUUGUGCCAGGGAUGGUCCCACCUAAAGAUGCUAGCCCCUCUCCAGGUGGGCAUAAGGAGUAACAGAUGGCAAAACCACAAACUAUUUUGAUGGACUGUGCUGCAGUAUCACCAGAAGACAUUAGGGGGCAGGAGGCCCCCACACAAAAACUCAGGCUUGACUUUUAAAGGGGACUUUGCCAACUUUUCUUGUAUGCCUUCCGAAAGCCAGUUGCCCUGAACCCAGCAGACACCGUGGAAUGUCCUUUGCACGCAUUAAAUGGUACAGAACUGAAGCCUCAGAAGCAAUUUGGAACUCGAUUUUCUCUUCCUUAAAUGAAAAGUUAUUAACCAAAUGGACUUUUUAAAAGCCACAGGACCCUUAACUUUGCCCCAAAGUGAGGAGCUCCACACCAACCCCAGGCAGAGGAACACUCAGACAGAUUAAGGAGACUGUUGACCUGUCAUUGUUUAUUAUUUCAGCACUAAAACUGAGGAGCCUCAACUGCUGGCUCUUCCCUUUGUAUUUGUGUAAGGAGCACUGCACUCCCAUAAAAGGUUUUAAAAUACAAAAUGUACAAGA